UUCGAAUAUGUUUCCCCGGGGCUCCCGUCCUAUGUCCUCCAGGAACGAAUGCCGCUCGCGUGCCUUCGAAGACGAGGUUGAGCAUAUCAACAACAGGGCGCUGUAGCAAUGACCAAUGCCUUUAUAAUAGUCUUUAUUGCCCAUUUUCGAAGUCAUGGGCAGUCUUGACGCUUUGCUUGAGAUUGGAAUAGUACGAUGCAUGUGGUGGGGGUUGGGGAUUCAGAAAAUCCUCGGCACACGUGACAGAAAAAUUACGGACCUGACAUGUGCACUCCAAGCGUCGAAAAUGUUCAAGCUCUGGAAGACAGCCUUAAAACUUCCAUUGAACAGGGCAGCUCACUCAACUCCCUUUCAUCUCUAGUCAGGAUUGCUAUUGACGCCAACACUUCCGCAGUUGCGCACAAGUCUAUCUGGGCUCUGUACCGUCUGUUCUACCAGCUCAUCAGCGAGCACCAUGGCCAUUCUGCUAAAGUGGAGGCUAGGGCGGUUCGUUUAUGGCUCCAUGAACGCAUGGACGACUACAUUCAGCUUCUUUGCGGUCUGUUGAAGGAUGAAGAAGCGCGACUUCGGGUCGAUUCGCUCAAUAUCUUACUCUCCUUGGUUAAAUGCUUUUCCGAACGUGACUCUAUGGCACAUUCUGUGCCCUCUCAAUUACGCAUUGUGACUAGAGUUACCAAAGCUCUCUUACUGUGUCCAGCAUCCAUAAGAGCACAUCACCAAAAGAACUCAACUCCCUCUCAUUUAGUCGAUAAUGAUGUCAAAGAGGUGUUUGUUCAUGAUUGGCUCAAUGCAUUUGACGAUGUUCGAUGGGUUUUCUUCAAGAAAUCAAUGCUUAUGUUCAAGAGUGAAACUUCGGGACCCGUCAAAAUGAUUAUGUCUUGGAACCUCUUGGCCCUCUUAGAAAAAAUAGACGCUUUACCAACCACUGCCGAUGAACUGGGACGCUUUUGCAUGUUCCCGAACACAAAACAUGCUAAUCCAGAAACUUAUAAUGGCACCCAAGAGGAUCCUGACGAGGAUUGGGGACUGUUUUUUGAAACUCUUGAGGAGGGACAACAUGAGAAACGAGUCUCUCGUCACCUCAAGACCUCUGUUCGUGACUCCAUCGAGUCUCUAGCCUCUCACAGGGCAGUAUUUUCUGCUUGUUGGCUUUUUCUGUUGCCACAGCUACCAAUGUCUUCAGCUCUUUCGACACGAGCACUCUCAAUUUUGCAUGCAGUGGCAAUUCCUCACGUGGAUCAACCUUUGAGGUUCAUGGAUUGGAUUGCUUCCUGUGUCGAUCAGGGUGGUGCAACUGGGCUCCUUGCAUUGAAUACCCUCUAUCAACUCAUUGUUCGCCAUAAUAUCGAUUACCCGGAUUUCUAUCGGCGGCUGUACGGAUUCAUUGAUCAGGAAUUACUUCACUCCAAACAUCGCUCGAGGUUCUUUCGUCUUGUCGAGGCGUUUCUUUCUUCGUCUCACCUACCGGCAGUUUUGCUUGCAUCCUUUGUGAAACGUCUCUCACGGCUAUCAUUGCGAGCGUCGCCAGCUGCGUUGGUUCUCAUUAUUCCGUUUGCAUACAAUGUUUUGAAGAGGCACCCGGUUCUCAUGGUGAUGAUUCAUAACCCUGUGCAUAACUUCGGAGACGAUCCAUACAACUCAGUGCAGGAAUCCCCACUUCUGACCCAUGCUUUACAAUCCUCGUUGUGGGAGUUGAAUUCACACCGGCAUCAUUACCUUGCCUCGGUAUCUACAAUGGCCGAAAUUCUCAGCCAGCCGAUGACGAAGGUAGCUUAUGAUCUGGAUGACUUCUCAGAUCACUCAGCAACGACGAUAUUUGAGAAUGAGACCUCACAGCAAAUAAAACAUCCCUUGAUUUUUGGCUUGGAUGUAGUAGGAGGCUCAGACAAUCCCAUGGUGGCCCACUGGCAGCUCUCCACACCUUGAAGAGUGUUCACAGUUUUUGCUUGACUCUGAUAACUACAGUGACACCACAAGUCAAAAUUUGAUGAAUUUUGGACUAGUCAAAAGUCUACAGUUUCUCAUUCCUGAACCAAAUGGUUAACUCUAUGUAGCAUAUCUGAUUUAUGAAACUUUGAACUUUACAACAUACCUGGUUCUAUUGUUAAAGAAAUGGAUCCUGGGUAAUCCAUUUCUUCCUGCCCUUAUAGACUA